AUGGCUGAAAACGAGGAGCUCACCGGACCAGUGUCUCAAGAAGACCUAGACGCAGCAGAAAAAUAUAAAAAUGAGGCGAAUGACUAUUUUAAAAAGCAAAAUUACAUAAAUGCAAUUGAGUUGUACACCAAGGCGAUAGAGAAGAAUCCUAAAAAUGCUAUAUAUUAUGCAAAUAGGAGUAUAGCUAAUUUAAAGUUGGAGAAUUUUGGUUAUGCCUUGAAUGAUGCUACAAAGGCGAUUUGCUUGGACAAUACUUACACCAAGGCCUUCUACAGGCGAGCUGCUGCAAAUAUGUCUUUAGGGAAAUACAAACAAGCCCUCAUGGAUUUUCAAUAUGUAACCAAAGUAAGGCCAAAUGACCAGGAUGCAAAGAUGAAAUACAAUGAAUGUAAUAAGAUAGUAAAGAAAAUUGCUUUUGAAAAAGCUAUAGCUGUAGAAAAAAAAGAAGUUAAUAUAGCUGAUUCUAUUGAUUUGGAUGCUAUGACAAUUGAAGACGAUUACGUAGGCCCCUGUCUUGAAGAUGGUAAGGUAACACUCAAGUUUGUGACAGACCUCAUGAAAUUCUAUGAAAAUCAGAAAAGGCUUCACAGGAAAUAUGCAUAUAAGAUAUUAAUAGAUGUUAAGAACUAUCUGCAAAAGCAGGCAUCUUUAGUUGAUAUCAAGGUUCCUGAUGACAGAAAGUUUACAGUGUGUGGAGAUAUUCAUGGGCAGUACUAUGACUUGAUGAAUAUCUUCAAGCUCAAUGGACUUCCGUCAGAGAAUAAUCCAUACCUUUUCAAUGGAGACUUUGUUGAUCGUGGCUCGUUCAGUGUUGAAUGUAUAUUUACACUGUUCAGUUUUAAAUUGUUGUAUCCAGAUCACUUCUUCAUGUCAAGGGGAAACCAUGAAACACUAGACAUGAACAGGGUAUAUGGCUUCCGAGGUGAAGUGACACACAAGUACUCCUCCCAAAUGGCAGAUUUGUUUACCGAGGUGUAUCACUGGCUGCCUCUUGCGCAUUGUAUCAAUUCGCGGGUGCUCGUGAUGCACGGUGGCCUCUUCUCUAAAGAUGACAUCACGCUGGAUGAUAUACGCAAGGUCGAGAGGAACAAGGAACCACCAGAAGAUGGUAUAAUGUGUGAGUUGCUCUGGUCGGACCCACAACCGUUGGAGGGUCGCGCGCCGUCCAAGCGAGGUGUAGGGUGUCAGUUCGGCCCUGAUGUGACUGCUGCGUUCCUCCAACGUAACAAGUUGGACUACAUCAUACGAAGUCACGAAGUCAAGAACGAAGGCUAUGAAAUUGCGCACGACGGAAAGUGUAUCACGGUCUUUUCCGCCCCCAAUUAUUGUGACACCAUGGGCAACUUGGGAGCAUUCAUCACAAUGAACGGAAAGGACCUCAAGCCGAAGUUUACUACAUACGAAGCUGUUCCUCACCCGGACGUCAAAGCCAUGGCGUACGCAAAUUCAAUGCUCAGCAUGUUCUAUUGA